CAGAGCUUGGCUCCAGACGCACUCUGUGCUGUGUGUCUGUGCACUGCGUGCGUGAUUUAGGUUUAACACAGUCGACCGGUAUGGUCACAUGCUGGUUUGGUCUGUGGCGCUGUACCGGUGGGUGCCCAGGUCGUUAGGGUGUUUGCGCAGGACGUGGCGAGCCGACGCCAGUGACCGGGCAGGUGAUGUUUGCUCACGUAAGCCGCUCGCGUUUGAUGAGGGGCGCAGGGGACGCGGCUGGAGAGUGCGCGCUACUGUUGCAUCGCCUCACCGGAUAACCCUUGCUAUCUCAUCCUGUCCGUCUGUUCCUCCCCGGUUUUGUGUGUCUCUUUUUUAUGUUGCUUAGCCACAAACGGAUUUGCAGGAAAGGGACUCUUUUGACGAUCGAAAUAAGUGGAUAAAGGAGCCGACCUUGCGUGUGCGUGUGCGUGGGGUGCGUAUCGUUUCUUGUGAUUCCCCUGUACGCGCAAGCUGCUUUUUUCCUUCCAGAGAGGCAAUGCGCCCACCCAUGCGAUGCUAGCCUAUUAGCUGGUGAGAGAGAGAGAGAGAGAGAGAGAGAGAGAGAGAGAGAGAGAAAGAGAGCGUGAGAGGUUUCAGCCCUGGAUUCGAGAGGAGGCUAAUUUACGAGUCUUGUUUUGCCUUUCAGGAAUAGGGGCGAUAAGAGGGGGAGGGUGGUUGGUGAAGGAGAAUGCAGCAAUCACAUUUUUAAGCAUGCAGAAGCGGGCCGUUUCCGGUUCCUAGGCUGGUGUGUCCCCCCAUCCGAGGCCAGCAGCCGUAUGGGGAAAGCAGCGGCAGACACAGAUGGCAUGGACACUUCCACAAGGUCUGCCGCUCUGCCCUGCCUGCUCUGCCGGAGCCCGUUCGCCGCCGUCUCUCUCUUCCAGCUUGCUCCGCCGCCCAGCAGCACUGCAGCACAGCACAGGCUGACGGCAUGAGGCUUGAUCCAGUGCAUUUCUCCAUGCUGGUCAUCGGGGUCUCCUUCGCCUGUUACGCCCCGAGUCUCAACUCCCUUCAGGAUCAGGCGUACCGAUCAGCCGUGGUCAUCGAGGGCGAGGUGCGCUCCUUCCCGGAGAACGUCUCCUCCCGGGAGCCCUACAGUGUGAAUGUCAAAGUGCUGGACGUGUGGCCCGUCAACAGCGGCGGCCUCGAGAGGGAGCAGCUCGUGACCGUCGGGGACUUCGGUUCCGAGGCCCCGUGCACCACGGUGGAGAAGGACCACAGAUAUAUCUUUUUCAUGGACCCGACCGCCGAGCCCUUGGUAUUCAAAGCAUCGUACGCCCCUGUGGACGCCAGCGAGCCGGAGCUGAAGAAGGAUGUGGAGAGAGUGUUGUGCGAGGACUGCGCCUCUGCUCCUAAGCUUCGGCUGAUGCGAGGCCAGUCUCUGAUGGAAGGGGACAAGCUGUACUUGAAGUGUGAGGCAUCGGGGAAUCCCAGCCCUUCCUUCCGCUGGUACAAAGACGGACACGAGCUUCAGAAGGGCAGAGACCUCAAAAUAAAGACCAACAAGAAAAACUCAAAGGUGCAGAUCAGUCGUGUCCGUGUGGAAGACUCUGGAAACUACACCUGUGUGGCUGAAAACUCCCUAGGACAAGAAAACACUACGAGUAUAAUCAGCGUGCAGAUCUUGACCACUACCACCCCAUCUCCAGGUGUGAGUCAUGCGAGGCGCUGCAACGACUCAGAGAAGGCCUACUGUGUAAAUGGAGGAGACUGUUACUUCAUACAUGGUAUUAACCAGCUGUCCUGCAAGUGUCCCAAUGACUAUACGGGGGACCGCUGUCAAAACUCCGUCAUGGCCGGUUUCUACAAGCUUCUCAGAAUUGAAUUUAUGGAGGCUGAGGAGCUCUACCAGAGGCGGGUGCUGACGAUCACAGGCAUCUGUGUGGCGUUGUUGGUGGUUGGCAUCGUUUGUGUGGUUGCCUACUGCAAAACCAAGAAGCAGAGAAAGAAGAUGCACAGUCACCUACACCAGAACCAGAAUCAGUGUGUGGAGCAACCCAACCGAAUGCUGGCCAACGGACCCAACCACCCCGGGCCUGGUCCCGAGGAGAUCCCCAUGGUUGACUACAUCUCCAAGAGCGUCCCAACGACAGAGUGUGUUAUCAGCCACGGAGCUGAGGGUGCAGGCAACUACGCAGGCAGCCGAAUGUCAACCCGCUCCCACCACUCUACCACUGCCUCACAUGCUUCUAGACACGAGGAGCAGACGUGGAGCAUGGAACGAACAGAGAGUAUGAACUCAGACUGCCAGUCAGGUGGGCUGUCCAGCUCUGUGGGAACCAGCAAGUGCAGCAGCCCGGCAUGCAUGGCGAGGAGGGCCGCCCACUGGGGCUGUACAGACGUGUCAGGACCGGGUAUGCAGUACGGGGAUUCCUAUGACUCUCUAAGAGACUCGCCUCACAGUGACAGGUAUGUGUCGGCACUGACCACGCCAGCGCGCCUAUCUCCAGUGGAGUUCCACUACCCACCAUUGCCGCCCCAGGUGCCCACUUUCCAGAUCACCUCACCCAACACAAGCCACGCCCUCUCCCUUCCUCCUGCUGCUGCUGCCUACCACAGAGAAGAUGAUCAGCCGCUGCUACGAUGCCCCGAUGACGGAAGUUUAUACAGGCAGCCCCGGCGUCCACGGCGACCUUACCUGACGGAGAGCACAGGAAGUCUACCAUCAAGCCCCUACCGUCUCCCUGACGACGAGGCCUACGAGACCACGCAGGAGUACGCCUCUUCAAGGGAACCCAUCCGGAGCCGGCGACGCCCGCGUCGCAACCGCCUCAACGGACACAUCUCCCAGCGUUCAGCGGGCCUACGGGACUACAGCUCACAGAGCUUCAGCGAGUCAGAGGAGGAGGAGGAAGAGGAGGAGGAAGAGGAUGCUCACGGGGAGAGCACACCUUUCCUUAGUAUGCAGAACAUGAACAUGGACCCGCCCUUAACCGUUCCGGGUUUCCGUUCGUCAUCUGGUGCGGACACACGGACUCCCCGUGGGCUGAGUCGGCCGGGGACGCGCAGCAACGGGCAGAGCCGCGGCUCCCAGUCGCAUCGCUCCAAGGCUGACAACAUGCCCCUUUAAGACUUAACCCCCCUCCCCCCUCCCCCACCUCCCCCCCUCCCCUCCCCCCCGCCACCCACCCCCUCCACUUCACACACUCCCCUUCCUCCUACACACAACCAGUGGACUAGAGACCUGCACCUAGGAGAAAUAUUUUUAUUUUGUAUAACAGACAGAUAUUCUAAACAAAUGAAAUAUUUAUUUUCAUUUCAGCAAAAAUUGUCUACUAGCUAACAGCAAAGACUUUUUUUAUAACGGGGGGGAAUAUUUAUAUGUAAAGUUUUUUGAUUUACAGCAUUAUGAGAGAUGAAAAAAUAAGAGAAUUACGUGCCAAUUUUUUCACAAGUUAGAUAAAUAGAAUAAUAUUGUGGUGCCUUUUGCUGUAUGCUGAAGUCGGAGGUCCCAUUGAGUUUUUGUAGCCUUUCUUAUAAAGACUCCUCGUUUUUAUAGAGACCAACCCUCUUCCUUCCUUUUGCUUUCGUUCUAUCUCUGAUUUGGGAUCUUCCUCUUUUUGAACUGUGAUCUGAUUAUGUCAUCAUGCAAUAUUGAUUCCUCCUGUGUAAAAGGUGUCUGUUUACAUGAGUAUGAUACACGCAAAAUGCGUUCGAUUCACAGGGACAUUAGUCACUGACGCAACCGGAUGUGUAGGGUAGUUUUUCUUGGAUGAUUUUUGGAUGAAUCACAUCGGCCAUUUGUGUCCUCGUUCGCUGCCUCUCCGUCAUUUGUUGUUAUUUCUGUGAAAACAAGAGUGUUCAGAUUCCUGUGUAGGUGUUCAGGGUGCUGCCAUGACAUUGGUGGUGGUUGCAGUGUGUGUGUGUUUGUUUCACGUUCGUAUGUCCCGUUGGGGACUUUAACCUGAAUGCACACUGCACAAACCCUAUGAGGACUUGUGUCACCGUGGGGUCAAAACUUGAGCUUGAUACUGCUUUUUGAGGGUUGACUUGGUUUUAGGGUUCAGGUUCCAACCAGGUUAGGGGUAGGGUUAAGGUGGAGCAUGUGGUUGUGCUGGUUAAGGUUAGGGUAAGGGGCUAGGGAAUGCAGCAUGUCAAUGAGUUGUCCUCACGGAGAUAGUGGAACAAACGUGUGUGUGUGUGUGUGUGUGUGUGUGUGUUUGUGCGUGCGUGCGUGUGUGCGUGCAUGCCUGUAUGUAUACCUCAUGAAGCCUCAUUUGGUUUUAGCCUCCAUUCACCUUGGAGGGUGUGGUCUCUUGUGUGACUGACAUGCUCCUCCCACCAAUCCUCACGCUGCCAGAAGCUCCAUUGCACUGUAAGAACCUCCCUCCAUGAGCAGUCAUUGGCCAGGGAGCUGCCGAUCCAAACCGAACCUAACCACUCCAGUUGUAAUCCAGCCUGACUCUGGCCUCCCGUGGACUGCCCAGCCCGCCCGUUUCCUAUGCCAGCAGCUUAGAGCCGCACUGUGUCUCAGGACUUCCCCAUCACAUCACAGCCAAAAGACUCAAAGCAGAGAGCGCACGUCAUCUCAGCCACAGUUCAGUCCGCAGGCCAGAUCCACAUCCCUUCACUCUCCUUCCUGUCCGUUCGUCAGGUUUGUUGCGUUCACUUGUGGCCAUGAUUAAGGGAGCGUGGGUAAAAAGUUUUGGAAUCAGAGGGGAGAUUCAGCUGCUUUUUUUUUUUUUACUUCAAAAGGCUGUGUGUAUGUGUGGAAGUGGGCAUGUGUGUUGCUGUGUGUGGGUCACAAAGAUGUUUUCGAUGAAAAAUCAUGUUGUGCGGAGACCACAUCUGUUCACUAUUUUGUGUGGGGUGUAGCGAGGAAUUCUGGGCCCCUUAAGAGGAGGAUAUCGCUCUGGGUUCCCCCUUUUUCUUUUACCCCCUUUGUCUUUUUUUCACUUUUUUUACUAAUAUAAUCCUACUGGAAACUUUUACGGGCCCCCUCCAGCUGUGGGCCUCUUGGAAACGCCGCCACUUUUCACCCCUGUAGUGAUGGCACUGCUCUGAUGGGAAAAAUCCCAUGCGGUUCACUGCGUACAGGUUCACAAUGCUAGAGAGCAAGUUUCUGAGUCUGAUUCUACUUUUUCUUUAGCUCACAGCCAAAUGGUGGUAUAUAAUAAUACUGAUUACUGCAUCCUUGAUUUGCAUUCCUGUACCUUUGUUGAUUGAACUUCUUUUGCUUGGUCAUAUUGACUGAAUGAUCUGUUAUGUGUCUGUGUCCGCCUGCCCACUCCGACCCACAUUGCCCCUCACCUUCAUGUCUUUCUCACCCCGUUACCGACCUUCAGAAGCAACUAGCAGAUGAAUUCAGGCCCCAUCACCAGAGGAGUAUACUGAACAGCACACUAACAUUGGGCUGAUCUCGCCAGAAACUCUUCCACUUCCGGUAUACAUCGGGUUUAGAGACCCUUUAAAGCUCACUGAGGAAAAUGAUAUUGUGUCAGAUACAAUAUGUGUCGCUAUUAGAAUUAAUUAAUUUAAGUUUGUUUGUUUUCUGUUUUUGUUUUUCACAGGAGAUGCAUGGAUCACAGAUAAAGAAAGUAUCUUAAAAAUGGCAAUGACCCCUCAGAUUCAGGGGAUCUUGCUGGAAAUUUAUAAAAAACAUUUUUUGGGUUCAUGGCCCAAAGGUCUGGCUAGUUUUGUCUUAACUAUCACUGUAAUCAAUCUGGGAUUUGCAAUGUGGAAAUACUGCAAGUGAGGGUAGUGUGCUUCUAGAGCUAGUUGAAUUGUUAACACCCCCCACCCUCCUUCUCCUCACCCUGCACUCCCCCCUUUCCCUUUACAUACACACACAUAAAUUUCACACAUCGUACACUCCACACACACACACACAGAGACACACACCACACACGCACACACACAAAGCCCUUCCAUGUUUGUGUUUGUCAAGCAGUUUGCCUUUGUCUUUUUUACCUACCGACUCCCUCUCCCCUCCUUCCUCUCUACCUCCCCUCCCCUUCCCUUCCUCCUCACCCUUUUUUCUCCUCUCCCCUCCUCUCCUCUCACCCCCAACCCCUCUGCAUGUCCUAGUGGUACUGGUAGUUGGGUGCAUGGAAAAAGCAGCAAGCAAAUCGUUUUUCCACUCUGUGAAAAAAUAAAAAAUGUGUCUUCAUUUUAACAUUCAGCAAUAAAUCCCCUUCUCUUCAUGUCCAUCAGUCUUGGAAUAUGCUAGAAGAUUUUUUGCAAGUUUUAUCAAAAACAUACUACUUGUAAAAGAAGAAAAAAAUCCAAAACCACCCCUUCAUAUGAAAAAUAAAACUUUAUUCCUACCAUUUUGAAACAGUCCUGUCAUCUUUGUGACAAAAACAACUGUGGUUUGUUAUUUUUAAUUUACAGAUGUUUGGAAUCUCUUAUUCCUUCUUUAUUUAUAUAAAUAAGUGGCAUUAGUCAAAUGUGCACCAAAUCCAAAGUAAGAAUGGAGUUGAAAACAAAGGAACAUUAUAUGGCAGCGUUGACCUUGUCUACAACUGGACGUGCCGUGCACUGAAUGAAGGUCUAUAUGUAAUUUUAUACAUAGAAGAUUAUUUGCAAUAUUUCAAGUUUCUCCUAAAUGUUUUUAGAGAAAGAAGGUUGUCAGAUUAUACGUGUCACAAAGUGUUAAAUAAUGACUUUUCCUAGAGUAUCAUAAUUUCAUUCAAAUGGGCUUUUUUUUCCACAGCAGACACUUUGACAUGACAUAUACCCGGUAAACCACUGGUAUAAUUAGUAAAACUAUUUUAUUAUGGCUGCAUUCCAUUUAGUUUUGCUUCUUCCAAUGCCCUGUUACUGUGUAUGAUGCUUCACUGUCAUGGCUUACUGGUGCACUUCAAUAUCACAGCACAAUUGUUAAUUAGCAGUAUUAGCAACACCUGUGCUCUUCCUCCUUGCUUCCAUGUUUGAAGCUACUCUCACAUACCAGCCCAUGACAAAUUUGAUGAAAUCAGCCGGGGACUCAGCCAUCUUCUUUACCACUCUGUAUCUUUAACAGGUCUGUCCAACAUCCUCCCUCAUCACACAAACAUACAAUACAAACAUGUAUUUAAAAUGUAGGCCUAUUUUGGGGAAUUUUGCUGCCACCCAAAUGUGACGAUUGCUGCUUUUUAAUUAUUUUAAUGUCUUGUUAAUAAAAUUGAGGUUUGGCCUGUUUGGACAAAACAAGCAUUGUGGAGGUGUCACUUUGGACUCUACGUAAUUGUGACGGCAUUUCUCACUAUUUUCAGAAUUUUUACAACCCUAAUGACUGAUUAGUGGAGAAAAUAAUUAGCAUUAAUCCAUUAUGAAACUAUUUUGUAUCAGACAGUAAUUAAUGAUUAUUAGUUACUGUCCGAUACAAAAUAGUUCAAAACGAGCUCCCCCUCAGCCAACGAUUAUCUCCACUCUUACUAGUUCUUUUCUGGAGACCUACACCAAGUUAAUCAGUUUGAAACUUUGAACUGCAUCAACUGCUUUUAACUGGAAGAAAGUUGACCUUGAGUUAAGAUUAUUUUGUAUAUUUGUGUUUUAUUUUUUCUCUUUCUAGGCGUCUAUGACCAUGGCUUGACAUUAAGCCUUUCUCUAUGGUAAUAUAACUUUUUCCAUAGCUAAAUAAACCAAUAAACAGGUAUUUAAAUGUUGAUUUAA